UUGGUGAGUUAAAAGGAUUGAAAAUUGUCUUCACCAGCAAAAGAACUAGACUAUCAUUUAUUAGAUUGUAUUUUUAAGGGUUAUGCAUCGCAGGUAGUGUCUAGACUUUAUUUCAUGUCAAAGAAAAGCAUUAGUAUGCAUUAGUUAUCUGAAGCUUCUUUCAAUUUAGAGGGAAUUAAUGAUAAAAACCCUUCAGAUGUAUAAACUAAAUAGUUACUGUUGCAUCUACAGCGAAAUAUUUCAGUUGUGAGCUUCUUCAAGCAAGAUUAGAGUAGUAACUAUAUUUUGGGACCCUUUUAAUCCAACUGAACAAACUUUAAGAGUGACUAUAACCAGAUUUGAGUGUAAUGUAAAUGAAUGUAAAUAUAAUUCAAUAUAAUUAAAAUCAACAUAGCAAAUCUUACAUAAAGUUUUACAUAUAUUUACUGUUUGUAAAAUGCAACUGUAAAUAUAGAUUUUGCAGUAAAAUUUUAAUUAUAUCUGAAUUCUAGCCAAAUUCCUGAGAGUCUGCAUUUUCGAUUUAAAUAAAUUAUGAUUUGUAUUUGAAUAUUGUCUGCAGUAGGCUUCCCAAAUACUGAUGAAACAAAUUAGCAGAAUGUACACUGUCUGUGGGUUUAUGUGUUAACAGUGUUGCAGACUUUCUCUGCCUGUGAUUUUUUUUUUUUUUACCUUUUAAUAAUUGAACAUUAAAUCAAACAUUAUAAUGCGUGAUUAGACACAAAACAUAACUAGUACCUCUCAUGUAUAUGUUUAAUUCUUUCUCUGUCAUGUUUAUGGUCAUUUCUCAUUUACAAGAAUCCAAAAAUCAUGUGGUGUAACCAUAAAUGCAAUUACGAAAGCUUGUUUGUUAUUGCUCUAUAUCCGUUUAGAUAUUUAUUUUACCAUAUUUUGCCCCUAUUCUACAUUUGCCCCAAAUGUCCAGUUUAAAUUCUACAAUUUGUGAUUUUACUUAGUUUUUAGAAUGGAUGGGGCAUUUACUGUGCUUUAGGAGUAAUAUACGUUAAAUAUUCUCUGUUCCGUUUUGCUUCCCUGUAUUGUGCAUCAUUAAAAAAAACAGUCGCAGGUACUGAAGUACACUUUCAUGUGGCAUUAACAUGAAAUAACAGUAUUAAAUUUGCAAUAACAGUACAAUAACAGUAUUAAAUUUAAAUAUUACAACUUUAAACACAUUUAAACAUUAUCCACUGGUAUGGUCUGAUAAAGUGAAUACUAGUUCUUUCUUUUUUUUGAAAUCAGUUAUAUGAGUUUAAGUAAAAACGGGUUUAUUGGUCAAAUUUCUUGAGUGUCAUUAAUUACACAUGGCACAAUCAUUUUUAAGACCAUAAGCAAUUACUGUUAAAGAAAAGCUCACGUUUUCCUAUAAGUAUAUUUGUAUGCAUCAUUCCAAAUGUUUCAACGUUGAAACGCUUGAAAUUUAUAUUUCGAUUUUUGCCCUUUCUAAAUCAUUAAGUAUACACGGUGUUCUGCUUUACAGUACUGACUGUAGCUCCUGACUUACUUGUUUCUGGAGGUAAUAUUUAAUGCACCCAAACACUUAAAUAACCUAAAAUAACAUGUGAUAUUGUUUUCACAGAGACCCCAAGUGAAUGUUUUAUGUUUACAUGCACAAAGAUCUGUGUUAAUAGUCGGUCUCUUUCAGAGAAUAUGAUUACUUGCUAUGGCGAUGUCCAACACUUGCUGUGUAACACUGGACUGAUUAUAGUGAAGUCUUCUGUGUAUGGCCGAACGGACAGCAGCACUUGUAGUAUUGGUCGGCCUAAUUCGCAGGUUGCUAAUACCAACUGUUAUUCGCUGAUUUCUACAAUUGCUGAUAGAUGCAAUGGACUGAGAGAGUGUGAGUUAAAGACGGAUGUACUUGGCAACCCUGACCCAUGUUAUGGAACUUACAAGUACUGCAACACAAGUUAUGAUUGUAUCAAUGCCGAGCUUGUUGUGAUCUGCGAGCAGGGCUACAGCACACUGGAUUGUGGAGCUGAUUCUAUUAAGAUCAUAAAUGCAAACUUUGGGCGUGCUGACUCCAGAACCUGUUCAGCUGGACUCACCAACAAUUUGAUCCAGAAUACCAACUGUUACGCUCCAAACACACUCUCAAUUGUGGCCGCACUGUAA